AAUAUCAAAUUACUUGUAAUGAGCUUGUUGUGUCGUGCAUUAAAGGAAGAAAGAAGAUGAGAUAUCUACCUAUAUUGAUAUCGUCUCUCCUCAUACUUAAGUAUAAAAUAAAUGGACUGGGUGAGAAACAAUUGGAGCAGGAGCAUCUACCCAGUUUUGAAGUUCACGAGGGUAUAAGUGCAAAAUAACCCAACAGGAUUAAAUAGAUACCCCUAAUCGAGGGUAUAAAUCGCCACCUAAUCGAUCCGUGUGCCUUCGCCGCAACGUUUCUCCACGCUUCGAUUACCGUAGCCAUUCUCACAUCACAGCCGUCCUUUCUUCUGGUGUCCUCAUGUGCCCUCCUUUUUAUUUUCCGUCGAUUUUCUGUAAAUCCUUCGCGUUCUUUCCUCUCCACUUGUCUCCCCAUCAAUCCGAUCUCGAUCCUUCUUCCGUUCCUCAAUCGAUCUUCGCCAUGGCUACUGCUGCCGUCGAAGACGAGAAGGCGUACCCCGAGAUGAUCAUGGCGGCGAUCACGGCGCUAGGCGACGCUGAUAAGUCAGCCAUCUUAGACCACAUCGACUCCAACCGACGCGACCUUCCGCCGGACCACGCGUCGCUCCUCGCGACGCACCUCGACCGCCUGACGGAGAGCGGCGAGCUGUUGCUCGUCGCCGACAAGUACUCGAAGCCCGGGGGCGCGCAGUCGCAGGCGCCCGCCAAGCGCGGCCGCGGCCGGCCUCCGAAGCCGAAGCCGGAGGUGCCGUCCGGCUCCGAGCUCCCUUCGCCUCGGCCGCGGGGGCGGCCGCCGAAGCCCAAGGAUCCGCUGGAGGCUGCGGUGGCCAAGGCGGCCGCUGGGUUCCCUCGUGCCCGCGGGCGUCCGCCGAAGGCCGAAAAGGCUGUGGGGUCGACGGUGGGCGGUGCGGUGGUGGUCGGGGUGAAGAGAGGGCGCGGGCGGCCGCCGAAGGUGAAGCCCGCGCUCGUGGCGGAAGCGGUGUAAGCCGUCAAGCUUGUGGACUGUGAUCGUUUAAUUGUGUUGGUCGUAGCGACAAACGUUGACUUUGGAACCUUCUUGUACACUAAAUUAUGACGAUCAUUGUUAUAUUGAUGACGACGGCUUCCUAGCCGCUAAGGCCAGAUGGUGAAUUUGUGGAGAAACUUGAUUUGAUCCAAAAUCUCUUUUCUUCUGUGGUUUC